AUGUUUUCUAAAAAGAAAAAGAAACCGCAAAUUUCACCUCCUACAAACUUUGAACAUCGUGUUCACACUGGGUUUGAUAAAAGGGAAGGAAAGUAUGUUGGCCUCCCUCUGCAGUGGGCAAGCAUAGUUGGAAAUAAUCAAAUACUUAAGAGUAGUAACCGCCCUUUACCAUUGGUGGAUCCAUCUGAAAUAACACCGACAGAAAUAUUAGAUUUAAAAACUAUAGUCAGGGGUGAUAACAAAAUACCUGUUGAUUUAAAAAGUGGCAUUCCUAAAACGUCUAAUGUGGCAAGAAGUAAUAGUUUAAGAUCUUCUAGUCCUCCAAGAUUUAGAAGAGGAGACUUUCAACACAAUUCCAAUUUGCCACCCUCAGUUCCUGAGGGGGAAAUAUUUAAUGGACCCAUUGCACCCAUUGCCUCUAUUCAAUAUUCAAAUUCAAAAAGAGAUAUAAAUUAUGAGAAUAAGAUGAAAGUGGAUUCAGCUUCGCAAGAGUGGAUAGGCGGAGGAUUAGUUCUUGGAUCGCAACAAAAUGUAGAAGGAGUUAAUUCAAGUCCCUUGCCUAGCCAGGGCUCUCCAAGUCCUAAUUCAGAUGGCACUGAUUUUGUGAAAGGAAUGAUGUAUAAUAUGUAUCCUCAGUCUAAUGGAAAAUCUAAUCAGUCAGUUUUAUCCCACGCUUCUAAUGAUGUCGCAUAUCCGUCUGCAUUGACAACCUCCGGAGGACCGAGACAUUCUCAGAUUUUGCCAACAGGUGCUGCAAAAUUGCAAACGAGAACCACCACAUCACAUCAACCAUGCAUUUCUCCCCAGUUAACUAAGGGAAAUCAGGAUUUGCAAUCAACAAAUUUUGAACAGAAGCUUAUGACGGGAGUACAAAAUAUAAAUGUGGGACAGCAGCCACUUUCUGAUCAAAACCACAAUAGUAACAAAACAAGUGCACCUUCUUUUUCCUCUGGUCCACUAUUAAAACAAAGUAAUUCAGAUGGGAAACAUCAUCACGAUCAGCAAAGAUUAACUCAUGAGCAGUUUCGAGCUGCUUUACAAAUGGUUGUGAGUCACGGUGAUCCCAGACAAAAUUUAGAAGAAUUUAUGAAAAUUGGAGAAGGUUCAACGGGAACAGUUUGUAUUGCUUUUGACAGAGUGACAAACAGACAGGUAGCUGUGAAAAAAAUGGAUCUACGAAAGCAACAAAGAAGAGAAUUACUUUUUAAUGAGGUUGUUAUUAUGCGAGACUAUCAUCAUCCUCACAUAGUUGAAAUGUAUGAUAGUUUUUUGGUUAAUGACGAAUUAUGGGUGGUCAUGGAAUAUCUUGAAGGUGGAGCCUUGACAGACAUAGUAACACAUGCUAGGAUGGACGAGGAACAAAUAGCUACCGUAUGCAAACAGUGUUUAAGAGCAUUGGCUUAUCUUCAUUCUCAGGGCGUUAUUCAUCGCGAUAUUAAGAGUGAUUCAAUUUUACUUGCUGCCGACGGAAGGGUCAAGCUUUCAGACUUUGGAUUUUGUGCUCAAGUUUCCCAAGAAUUGCCUAGAAGAAAAUCACUUGUAGGAACUCCUUAUUGGAUGUCUCCAGAAGUGAUAUCCAGAUUACCCUACGGUCCUGAAGUAGAUAUUUGGUCAUUAGGUAUUAUGGUAAUAGAAAUGGUCGAUGGUGAGCCACCAUUUUUUAAUGAACCACCAUUGCAAGCAAUGAGAAGAAUACGCGACAUGCCACCUCCAAAAUUAAAAAAUACGCACAAAGUUUCCCUAAGAUUACAAGGUUUUUUGGAAAGGAUGUUAGUAAGAGAUGCAGCGCAAAGAGCAACUGCUUCUGAAUUAUUACAACAUCCUUUCUUGAGGCAGGCCGGACCACCUGCCUUGCUGGUACCUCUUAUGAAAGGUUCCAGACAUAGUAAUUGUUAA